GCCACCUGCUGAUGGCGCCGUCCCGAAGAAACAAGACCGUAAACACCACUGUGCUGUUGAACCGCAGGAGUAGAGGAGUCACUGAUGCUGGGACUCUGGUUAGACAGAAUAUGAAGGUCCUUAGAAAUAUCAUCCUCCAGGACAACAGGGAUUUCAUGAAAGUAUGGAGCAAAACCUCAAAAUCAACAAUCAUGUAUGAAAAUGGUAAAAUCUACUUUGAAAAUUACCAGAGCUGCUACAACUGUGUUCAUUCAGAGCCGCAAGUUUUGUACAAAUUGCCUAAGAGGUCCAAGAUGGAGAAAUUUGAAGAUGCCUUGCUUUGUCAGAGUCCACUUGACAAAACAUUGGCCUCUCCCUCCGAUCACAAACCCAGCCUCUUGGCUUUGACAGCCAAUAACUGGCUUUAUCGCCUUUCAGCUGAAACUGGAGAAGAGCUACAAAGAGUUUACCUUUCUUCAAACCAUAAGUUCAGGUAUCUUGGUUGGGAGGUUUCUCAAGAGAUGCUUUAUGUUAAAUCGGUUCAAAACAAAGAGACACCUCUAGCACGACAGGCAGGUAUCACUCAGAACACAGUGAUGCACCUGGCCAUCUUUCAUGUUUUCCCCUUGCAAAUUGUAGGCAUUGUGGAGAUCAACAAAAGGGUAUUUGGAAAUGGUAUUACCGAUGUUGUUCUGUCUCAAGGUGUCCUUGCUGUAUCUUACAGCAACAAGUCCGUGAAGCUGUACAGCUUUGAGCACAUUGUGCAUAGGUACAUGAUAGAGAGCUUGAUGCUGGGAGAACAGAGUUCUCUUCUUAGAGGAAGAACAGUGGGAGAAGCUCCGUUUGGUAUCCCAGUAAACAUCCAGAUCACAGAUUGCCCUCCUGUGCUUUUUGAGGUGUCCUGCUCUAGUAACGGUGUCCAGAUUGGAGGCUACCCAUGGCACUACAUCUACACACCACCUCAUAAAAAUCACAAGGGGACUCACCACAUCUGUUCACUCAAGGACAAAACUAUGGCAACAAAUGGGAUACAGAACAUGAACUGCUGCUCUCUAGAGAGUGAUGGGAUCUUCUUCCACCCCGAUGACUCAGGAAGAAUCAUCCAUGUUGGCCCCACCACCAUAAACAUCCUCAAAAUCCUUGGUGAACUGAACAGUGGUUUGCCAUCAAAGGUAGUUGAGGAUUUCUCGAUGAAAACCCACCGAAACAACAAUCCUACCUCACAAGUCACUGUCACCUCAUCAGGCCGCACAGUGAAGAGAAGGUUUCAUCAGCUGGAUGAUGACCCAGAUCAAGAGACUUUCCGUAUGGUAGAAUAUGAGGAUGAGCUUGACCUUUUGGCAGUAGUGGUAACAAAUGCCGAGGAGGGAGAAGGAAGAGCUCACAUCCGUCUGCACGACAACCAGAGCGGGCAGUUACAGCGGACAAUUGAUCUGGUCGAACUUUGGGAUGAGACUUAUCGACACGAGUUGUUCUUUGACAAAGACACAAUUGUUCAUAUUGAACAAAAGAACACCAAAUUCUGCUGCCAUGUGUACAAACUCAAGGCCACCAGGGAAUAAUUAAAGCUGCUGGAAAGCAUUUAAUGGUUAAUUUCAAGUUUUGUAAAUAUUUUUUUCAAAUGUGUUUUUAUACUAUUUUUCUGUUAAACUCAUUUUGCUGAUUUUAACCCUCUAGAUAAACAUGUCCUUUCUUUUGUGUAAACUACACUUGAUAAUCAAGUUGGUUAUUUAAAUCACUGUAGUACUGUUUACCAUGCCCUGUCUCACACAAGAACAUUUUUAUACUUUCUCUUAAAUUAAAACUUUCUAUCUUUACAACUUA